AGUGAAUGUAUCUGUGAGACAGCAGAGGCAGGCAACAACAAGAAGUCAAGUCAUACAUUCGAAUGCAAGCAUGAUGCCACCAAUCUUAUAUACCGCUUACAGAUUUAGGUCCAUCUGUAGACUACAAAGAUUACAAGCACACAUGAUGUCGAGUGCUUCGGCCCCAGAGGUUCUGCUGGAGAAGGUGGGCCGUGCGGGUGUGAUCACUCUGAACCGACCCAAGGCCCUGAAUGCCCUCAACCUGACCAUGACCCGCCUGCUCUACCCCCAGCUCAAGGAAUGGGAGACAGAUGAGCAGACGGACAUUGUCAUCAUCAAAGGAGCCGGAGGACGGGCCUUCUGCGCCGGCGGAGACAUCAUAGCGGUCACGGAGGCAGGAAAGUCAGGAGACCCUCUAGCGCAGGAUUUCUUCCGUGAGGAAUAUGUUCUGAACAACACUAUAGGAAUGUAUAAGAAACCCUAUAUUGCUCUUAUUGAUGGGAUAACCAUGGGUGGGGGCGUUGGUCUGUCUGUGCACGGCCGGUUUCGGGUGGCUACAGAGAAGACUGUGUUCGCAAUGCCAGAGACGGCCAUCGGACUCUUCCCCGAUGUGGGAGGGGGGUACUUCCUGCCCAGGCUCCAGGGGAAGCUCGGUAUGUUCCUGGCCCUCACAGGCUUCCGUCUGAAGGGACGUGAUGUGCAGCGCGCCGGCGUGGCCAGUCACUUUGUGGAGUCGCAAAAGAUCUCUGCCCUGGAGCUGGACUUGGUUGGUCUGAGAUCUCCCUCUAAUGAAGACGUGUCCAAGCUGCUGGAGUCCUACCAGACACAGAGCAGCCUGGAUGCAGAGAAGCCAUUUGUGCUGCAGCCUCACUUGCAAGACAUAAACAGACUGUUUAGUGCAGGCAGUGUGGAGGGCAUCCUGCAGAACCUCAAUACAGACAACUCUGCAUUUGCCAAGAAGCAGGCUGAGACCCUGGCCCGGAUGUCCCCCACGUCCUUGAAGAUCACCUUCAGGCAGCUGGAGCAGGGGGCUGCUAUGAGCCUGCAGGACGUGCUGGUCAUGGAGUACCGCUUAUGCCAAGCCUGCAUGAGGGGCAAGGACUUCUACGAAGGUGUACGAUCAGUGCUGAUCGACAAGGACCACAGCCCCCGGUGGAGCCCGGCGACGCUCGCUGAGGUGUCGGACCACAGCGUGGACCAGUGCUUCUCCCCCCUGGGAGAGAGGGACCUCCGCCUCUGAAGGCUCUCUCUCUCUCUCUCUCUCUCUCUCUCUCUCUCUCUCUCUCUCGCUCUCGCUCUCUCUCUCUCUCGGUCACCAUGGUAACCGGACCAGACCGCCCUCCCACGUGGCCCGUUUGGUCGGAUGGAACAGCUGCACCUCCUCUCAUCUGUCCCCUUCCCUCCUCGCCACUCCCCUAUUCUUGGAAGUGCCGACCAGGCACGUCUCCGUCCCCCCACCACUCCAACCAGUGGAAAAUACAACUUCAAGUCAGAUGGGCGGGGGACUUGACCAGGAAAGUGUAUACAGUGGGGUAUUCUGUACAACUAUGUUCUCUUUCCUCUGUUUUUGCUCCCCGCUCUACCUGCCGAUUGCUGCAACAUGUUACAGAGGGGUGCAAAGGAAAACGUAACUUUCGGUUGAGGUGAAAUUCAGAUGAGGCCGUUUUUUCUUUGUCUAUUGUUUUAUAGUGCAGAAGAGAAUGGAGAGAGAAAGAGAGGGAGAAAAAUAUCAUGUUCAGAGGAGAGAUGCUGGAACAGGGAUAAGUGCCUUUUGGAUCCAAGUGGAUCUGGUGGUUCGGGAGCUCAUCAAAUGGCUAAGGUCUUAGCCCAACACUGCAGUAGGGUAUUACCAUGAGGGGGUGGGAGACAGUGGGGUGUGGUGGACACACUCAUGUUCAAUAACGGUAAAUAUAUCCAGUGACUACUGGUUCUGUAUGUCUUUACCGCGUUUGAGGUAGAUUAAAUGUUACGUGUCACAACUUUAAACUCAGCUGUAAAGAAUAACAAGUUGUUUGUUGUGCGAUUUCUGAAGUGAUUUUAGUUUUUUAUUAAACUCUUUGAAAUAAAAUAUUUUAGUGUCAAAGUCCCAAAGACUAGCCUCUUCAUGUUGAGUUAUCAUUUCCACAAGUCGAAUAUGUAAUGAGUUAUAAGUUAUUAAGUUAUUGCUACCCUUUAUGCAAGCCAACCUGUAUACUUUCUGAAGUAAAUCCUGUUUCCUUUAGCCAUCAUAUUCAUCACUUUGAAAAGGGACUUACUUUAAAUAUGUCUUCGGAGCAUGAGUUACUGUUGACGUGAGGUCUUAACUCGACAAAGCCCCGUCUCAGAUUCCCAGAAGGACUAAGGGAACCCAUCUCUUCUAAAGUGCGUAUCAUAUUUAAUCUGAGUGUACUUGAAUUGUUAAACACUCAUUUGUGCCCACUUUUCCCUGUCCUCCAGAGUCUGUGGCCAAAUGACUUUGCCCCGAGCCCAGCCAAUAUUCGGGAACACCAGGCCGCAGUAAACAUCAGCUAAUGGUCUGAGUGGUUGUCUUGGCAUCACAGAACAUAAUUUAUGGUGGCGGUUUGGUCUUCAAACAAACGGCCAGGUGUCUGUCGCCUGUUGUCAUCUCCGUCUGCAAGCCAAACUGAACUUUGGCUGAGUGUUACGUCUAGAAGGAAGAUAAAAAAUACUUUAAGGUGGACGUGUGCUGAUAAAAAUGUGUUAUGAAACUAUUGAACAAACAAAGGUUUCCAACGGUUUUUUACCCAGUUAAAAAAAACUGUUUGCACAAAUGAUGAGAUAAGAAGCUAGCAGGCAAUCACAUUUCUAAUAAACUCAACGUUAUCCCACAAUGGUGCAACUCUGGAUGCCAAUAUGUAUUGGCAUUUCAUUCAUCUUUACAUAAAUGUACAUGUCUAAUAAGGUUCAGACAAGCUUAGUACGCUGUAAAUUAAGAAGAAUAGCGUUGAGUUUGAACAGAAUAUUUAAUUCAAACACUGUAACUGAACUCCAAAGAAGAAGCAGAUGUAGCCACCAAAUUGAAGACAUUACAAAUGCACAUCAUAUAUGGUAAUUCAGUUGAAUCAGGCCCAUAUUCCCAAGCCACAAUCACAACUAUGAACAUAAUUCCCUUUGCUUGAUCCCUUUUAUAAGACAGAGUACAAUGCUUACAGCACAGCUAUCCUCUAAAUAAGUGGUACAAUUAGCUGAGUUCCAUGGAAGAAUAAUAUGAGAAGGGGAAACAUAAGUUACACAUAAUUAGAACUACGUAUUGGGAAAGGUCAAGUCACUUCAACAUAGUUUUUACUCUUUGUUCAACGUCACGUUCCAGCAUUAAUCUUGAAAAGUAAUCACAGAAGAUAUGGCCAGAGGUAAAAACCAACCAGGCAUUCUUUCAGACAGCGCGACCCAACUAGCAUGUAUUAGCGGAAAAGAUUGGCCCCAAGUUCAUGGUGAAGUUUAUACUCACUGUCCUUUAGUUACUUGGCUUUGUAUAUGAGCACUAUGCUUUCUGUUGGCCGUUGAUGCCACUGGUUCAAUUUGUGUUCAUCCUCUCAACACUUUAUUCAACAAUAAAACUGGAUAUGAUAAGUAACCUCUUUUGGUAUUACACUUGACCGGGAAACAAACUGGUGAAAUAUUUUUUCUGUUUGUCUAGCUGUAAAAACACACCAUACUAACAGGUUUCCCGGUAUUGACAUUAAUGGUGAAUAGUAAAAUGCAUACUCACUCGUAAAAUGCCUACAACAUAUUUAGCCAAAAUGUAGGACUUAGUUUCCAAACCUGCGGUCCCCAGCCUAGAGGACAGACUUCUAUCACUGCAUUUGCCUAAAAUUAGUCUGCCUAAAACAUGGACAAAGCUUCCAACCAUUCAGAGGUUCGCUAGAUAGGAACAUGAGACGUAGGUAGACCUAUGGUAUUUGCAAGGACAAAACAACAUUUUGAGCAAACAACUAACUGUAAACCCUGCUUGCAUACCAUGUCAUGUUUCCCAUUCAUGUUUUGAAAAAGCUAG